GGAAAGUAGGUUAGUGGUGCGACAUUUAGGGAAGGCAGAAAGUAGGUCAGGGACGGAGGUGCCUGUUUACCCGCGCCGGACUCACCGCCGCCGCCGCCGCGGGAUCCGAGUGGGGGCGCGGACGCAGGCUUUCCUGGCGAGCCACGGUGGUGCUAACUACUAGAGUGUAUGCUUUUGGACCCAGCCUGACUUUUCAAAUGUGGAAUCCGAGGCCUUUCUUGGUUUUUGGAAGAAGUUGACUGCCUAAAAGGAACUACAAAACAUGAAAGUCUCUUUGAGGUGACCAACACGUCCAGUGGCCCCUUGCUCCUCCCAAACUGGACCUGGGGUGUAAGAACCAUAACUUCAGAGCACCCAAAUAUGGCAGACCAGAGAAUGGAUAUUUCCUCAACAAUCAGUGACUUCAUAUCUCCCGGUCCCACUGACCUCCUCUCCAGCUCCCUCGGCACCAGUGGCAUGGAUUGCAACCGCAAACGGAAAGGCAGCUCCACUGACUACCAUUCACAGGUCGAAUUUGGGGAGCACAGUGACUGGAGGUCAGAUGCCCACUAGGAGAUGCUAUGAUUAAUAUAGAAAGCAUGGACACAGACAAAGACGACCCUCAUGGAAGGUUAGAAUACACAGAGCACCAAGGGAGGAUAAAAAACGCAAGGGAAGCUCACAGUCAGAUUGAGAAGAGACGUCGGGAUAAAAUGAACAGUUUUAUUGACGAAUUGGCUUCUCUGGUACCAACAUGUAAUGCAAUGUCCAGGAAAUUAGAUAAACUUACCGUGCUAAGGAUGGCUGUUCAGCACAUGAAAACAUUACGAGGUGCCACCAAUCCAUACACAGAAGCAAACUACAAACCAACUUUUCUGUCAGAUGAUGAAUUGAAACACCUCAUUCUCAGGGCAGCAGAUGGAUUUUUGUUUGUCGUAGGAUGUGACCGAGGGAAGAUUCUGUUUGUCUCAGAGUCUGUGUUUAAGAUCCUCAACUACAGCCAGAACGAUCUGAUUGGUCAGAGUUUGUUUGACUACCUGCAUCCUAAAGAUAUCGCCAAAGUCAAGGAGCAGCUCUCCUCUUCCGACACCGCACCCCGGGAGCGGCUCAUAGAUGCAAAAACUGGACUUCCAGUUAAGACAGAUAUAACCCCCGGGCCGUCUCGAUUAUGUUCUGGAGCACGCCGUUCUUUCUUCUGUAGGAUGAAGUGUAAUAGGCCUUCAGUCAAGGUUGAAGACAAGGAUUUCCCCUCCACCUGCUCAAAGAAGAAAGAUCGAAAAAGCUUCUGCACAAUCCAUAGCACAGGCUAUCUGAAAAGCUGGCCACCCACGAAGAUGGGGCUGGACGAAGACAACGAGCCAGACAACGAAGGGUGUAACCUCAGCUGCCUGGUCGCAAUCGGGCGACUGCACUCGCACAUGGUUCCACAGCCAGUGAACGGGGAAAUCAGGGUGAAAUCUAUGGAAUAUGUUUCUCGACACGCGAUAGAUGGGAAGUUUGUUUUUGUAGACCAGAGGGCAACAGCUAUCUUGGCAUAUUUACCACAAGAACUUCUAGGCACAUCCUGUUAUGAAUAUUUUCAUCAAGAUGACAUAGGACAUCUCGCAGAAUGUCAUAGGCAAGUUUUACAGACGAGAGAAAAGAUUACAACCAAUUGUUAUAAGUUCAAAAUCAAAGAUGGGUCUUUCAUCACAUUACGGAGUCGAUGGUUCAGUUUCAUGAACCCUUGGACCAAGGAAGUAGAAUACAUUGUGUCCACCAACACUGUUGUUUUAGCCAACGUCCUGGAAGGUGGGGACCCAGCCUUUCCGCAGCUCACAGCGUCCCCCCACAGCAUGGACAGCAUGCUGCCCUCUGGAGAAGGUGGCCCAAAGAGGACCCACCCCACUGUUCCAGGGAUCCCAGGGGGAACUAGGGCUGGAGCAGGAAAAAUAGGUCGAAUGAUUGCUGAGGAAAUCAUGGAAAUCCACAGGAUAAGAGGGUCAUCACCUUCUAGCUGUGGCUCCAGUCCAUUGAACAUCACAAGUACACCUCCCCCUGAUGCCUCUUCUCCAGGAGGCAAGAAGAUUUUAAAUGGAGGGACACCAGACAUUCCUUCCAGUGGCCUACUACCAGGGCAGGCCCAGGAGAAUCCAGGUUAUCCAUAUUCUGAUAGUUCCUCUAUUCUUGGUGAGAACCCCCAUAUAGGUAUAGAUAUGAUAGAUAAUGAUCAAGGCUCAAGUAGUCCCAGCAACGAUGAAGCAGCAAUGGCUGUCAUCAUGAGCCUUUUGGAAGCAGAUGCUGGACUGGGUGGCCCUGUUGACUUUAGUGACUUGCCGUGGCCGCUGUAAACACUACAUGUUGCUCUGGCAACAGUUACAGUAUCAAAGUGCAUUACUGGUGGAGUUUUACAGUCUGUGAAGCUUAUUGGAUAAGGAGAGAACAGCUUUUAUGUACUGUCUUCAUAAAAGCCAUCUUAGAGCCAUUGAUACAAGUCAAUCUCACUCUAUGUAACUUCAGACAAAGUGGAACUAAGCCUGCUUCAGUGUCUCCUCAUCAUUGAUUAUUGGGCUAGCUGUGGAUAGCUUGCAUUAAUUGUAUAUUUUGGAUUCUGUUUGUGUUGAAUUUUUUAAUCAUUGUGCACAGAAGCAUCAUUGGUAGCUUUUAUAUGCAAAUGGUCAUUUCAAAUGUAUGGUGUUUUUACACUACAAAGAAGUCCCCCAUGUGGAUAUUUCUUAUACUAAUUGUAUCAUAAAGCCGUUAAUUCUUCCUUGUAAGAAUCCUUUACUAUAAAUAUGGGUUAAAGUAUAAUGUAUUAGACAGUUAAAUAUUUUUAAUAAAUGUUUCCCUUGUUCUAUAAA